AAUUCUAUCCAUUAUUUAAAUAAGCAAAAUAUUAAUCACUUUAUCGUCUAUUACCAACACGGUGUUGAGGGAGUUGAAACUCUCCUUCAUAAAAAGAAUCCGAGUUUAAUUUCUAGAGUCGUUAGUUGGGACGUAGUCAUACAAGUUUAAUGUCUAUUCUCUUCUCAUACAUGGAGUCAACAUCAUUGACAAAGUCAAACGUUCAAUUUCCAUGUACCUACUAGAAUCCUUGGAAUCUAAGUAUAUUGAUUUCUCUUUGUACUUCCUUUCCUCACACCUUACUUGUAUUGAAUUUGCAUGUAAUAUAUAGGCAAUCAGUCCAUACACAAAUUUUCCAACAAAGGGAGGUAAACUAUGUGAGCAAAAUAAAUUGAAACAAAAUGCAUUACCUUUCAACUAUUCCUCAAGUACUUACAAGAAUUUGUCUAUUAUUUUUCUUACUCAUACCUUUUGUUAUCACUCACGGUAUCCGAGACGAGACCAUGAAUUCAGACAAAUAUGUUAUAUCCAUUGGUGUGAUCAUUGACGGUGAUUCUCGUAUUGGGAAAGAACAAGAAGUAGCCAUGGACAUUGCAGCCAAGAAUUACAACAACACUUCAAAGAACCACAAGCUGGCUCUCUAUUUUCAGAACUCCACCGAGGAUACCCUCAGAGCCAUCACACUUGCUGAAGAGAUGAUUAAUGUGCAAAAGGUGCAAGUGAUUAUAGGGAUGCACACAUGGCCAGAAGCAGCUAUAGUGGCUGAAAUAGGAAGCAAAUCUCAAGUUCCUAUCAUAUCCUUUGCUGCACCUAUCAUAACGCCACCAUUGAUGAAAGCUCGAUGGCCUUUUCUAGUGAGGCUAGCUAACAAUGGUACAGCAUAUAUAAAUUGUAUUGCAGAAAUAGUGCAGGCUAAAAGCUGGAAGAGAGUAGUAGUAAUCUACGAAGAUGACGGAUACGGUGGAGAUUAUGGGAUCCUAUCCCUACUAGAUGAGGCCCUUCAGGAUGUGGAUUCAUUGAUAGAGCGCCGCUUAGCCCUUCCUCCAAUUUCUUCUCUACAUGAUCCAGGAGAGCUUGUUUUUGAAGAGAUGCUUAAGUUAAAACAAACACAAUCUCGGGUUUUCAUAGUGCUGCAAUUAUCAUUAGAAAUGGCAAUUCAUGUGUUCAAAGAAGCUUCAAAAGUUGGAUUGGUGGAUACAGAAUCAGUUUGGAUAAUCCCAGAGAGCAUAACUAAUUUGCUGGACACUGUCAAUAAGUCUGCUAUUUCCUAUAUGGAAGGAGCUUUAGGAAUUAAAAACUACUACUCAGAAAGAAGCAAGGAGUAUCAAGAAUUUGAGGCUCAGUUCCGGAAAACAUUUUCGUCAAAGAAUCCAGAAGAAGAUAACCGAUACCCCGGAUUUUAUGCUCUACAAGCAUAUGAUAGCAUUAACAUUGUAACUCAAGCAAUCAACAGAAUGACCGGUAUGAACAAUAGUAGCUCAAAGACUUUACUAAGAGAAAUACUUUCUAGCAAUUUCCUUGGUUUAAGUGGUCAUAUUCAACUUGAAGCCGGACAACUUAUGCAGAAGAAUCGUGUCUUAAGAAUUGUAAAUGUGGCUGGGAAGAGUUACAAGGAGUUAUGUUCUUGGACUCAACAACGCGGAUUCACCACAAUACUCCAUGCCGGACAAAGUGGAAAUAAGGUUGCUGGAAGUACAGAAUGUUUCAGGGGUGUACGGUGGCCUGGAAAUUUGGACCGCGAUCCAAAGGGAUGGAACAUGCCUACCAUAACAAAUCCAUUGAAAAUUGCAGUUAGAAGUAGAACCUCCUUUUCCAGAUUUGUCAAAGUUGAGUAUGGACAGAAUCAAAAGCCUUAUAAAUAUAGUGGAUUCUGCAUUGAAAUUUUUGAGCAUGUACAUAAACUCUUGGGAUACGAUCUUCCAUAUAAAUAUUUUCCCAUCGAUGGAACCUAUAACGAUUUGGUUCAGCUUGUCUAUAACAAGACUUACGACGCAGUUGUUGGGGACAUGACCAUAAUAGAGGAAAGAUUGCAGUAUGUGGAUUUUACAGUACCAUAUGCAGAAUCAGGAUUGUCAAUGAUAGUUCCAAUGAAAACUGAAGAAUCAGCAUGGAUGUUUAUGAAGCCAUUUACCUGGGAAUUGUGGUUGGUUACAUGUGCAAUCUUGAUUUACACAAUGUUAGUUGUUUGGUAUCUCGAGCGAGAACCUAACCCCGAGUUUCAUGGAAACUGGAAGCUCCAACUCAGCACAGCUCUUUGGUUUACCUUCUCCUCUCUAUUCUUUGCUCAUAGAGAAAAAAUGCAUAGCAACUUAACUCGAUUGGUGAUGGUCUCGUGGCUAUUUCUUGUAUUGAUUCUAACCUCAAGCUACACAGCUAGUCUUUCUUCAAUGCUUACAGUUAAACAGUUACGACCAAAUGUCACGGACAUUCAGUGGCUGAAGAACAAUAACAAGAAAAUUGGCUGUGACGGCGACUCAUUUGUUAGGACGUUCUUAGAGAAAGUUGAAAAUUUCAAGCCAGAGAAUAUCAUAAACAUUACCGAUGAAUACAAGUACGAUGAAGCAUUCGCUAAUAACAGCAUAACAGCUGCAUUUUUUGAGCUCCCGUACGAAAAAGUAUUCAUCAGUGAAUACUGCAAGAGAUACACUGGUUUCACUCCCAGAAAUAGAUUUGGAGGAUUAGGCUUUAUGUUCCAGAAAGGCUCUCCACUGGCCAGAGAUGUUUCGAAAGCUAUAUUACGUCUCUCGGAAAAUGCAGAACUGAAGAGAUUGGAAGAAAAAUGGUUAAUUAACUCACAAGAUUGCUCCAACAACGUGACAUCCUCCAACGAUACGGAGAGUUUGGAUCUUGGAAGCUUAUGGAUUCUAUAUGUCAUCUCUUGUGCCACUUCUACUAUUUGUCUGCUAAUAUCAAUCAUCAAGCGUCUGAAAUCCAAUCACCGACGUGAAAACUUGCCACCAGAAGAAGGCAAUGGCACACCAAGUGAUGAAAGAGUGUGGAACAAGGUUCUUAUAUUUGCAAAGCAGAUUUAUAUCAAAAAGCUCGAUAAUUCGAGCAAGGAACAGGAUGUAACCGACUGUUCUUCGAGAUCAGGUCAUGUGAGCAUCGCUGAUAGCCCCGAACAUUCACAAGAAUUCGCUUCUCCGCCAAAAGAGGUACAUAUGACAAGUUCAAGUGUACAACACAUGACAUAGGAACCAUGUAACCACAUACACUUCAAAAUAAUGUCCAUGUCAGAUACUGUACAAAUUCAUUCAUAUCAUUCAAUAAAAUUGUUCUUUCCUUUUGUUUUGUACCUAUCAAUUGUCCAAUUUUUCAGACACAUUGGGCUACACUGCAUUGUAUUUUAUAAAUUUGUACUUUUAUUUCUUUUGAAUAUGUUAUGGAAAUAUUCCAAUAUUGACAUAAUUAAUACUAUUAUCCAUUAAC